AUGAAUUAUAGCUCACUAAAAAAAAACCUAGUAAUUAAAUUUAGUAACACAUGUAACCAACAUGUUUGUAAUGAAAAAAAAAAUAAAGUAGUAGGUCAUUCUAGGAAAAGGAGCAUAGGUGUAACAUCAACGUUUGAGCAAGACAGUGUUAGUAGCAAAAAAAUAAAUGAUGGUGAAAAAAAUGCUUUUGAUAUUUUUUUCGAAAUAAACGAUAUAUUACAGGAAAAUGCUGCUUCUAAGGAGAAUGCUAGUAGCGCAAAUAAUAAAACAAAAAUCUCUCUUAGAAAAACAAAUAUAAGGGGAGAUGAUCACUCGGGUAAAAACGUGCCCACUGCAGCUGUUGCGGCAGGUGGUGCUAUAGGUACUGCUGCAGGUACUAGUACCACGACGCCUACUCCCUACAAUUACGAUGCGAUUUGGAUGAAAAAGGGAAAAAAUUGCAGUGAAAAAGAAAAAGAAAAUACGUACAGUAAGACAAAGAACAUUGUAGAAGCAAGCUUCAGUAUAGUGAACAAAUGGCAGAACCACAUAGAAUUGAUAGAAUUUGUGAAGAAUAAUUUAAAAAACAACGCAUUUAUUUAUGUAAGGAGGCUGUCUAACAACCGCUACGAACGAGUGGACUGUGGAAACAAGAAAGAAAUAGGAAUCAUGUCUAUCUCACUACACGGAGUUAUGAUAAAUGAAAAGAACGAAACAACAUUUUACGAAAUAAAUGAAUGGAAAAACCAUAUAACAUUACUAAAUAGUGCUUUAGGAUUAAAAUUUAUUAAGAAAUUUCCCUUAUAUAAAUAUUUUUUUUUAUUAAAAAAUAGAAUUAAGUCUACCAAAUUUAAAAAGAAAAAAGCAUAUAUAAAAGAGAACUUACUGUUUUUAAACGACAGUUUUUUAAAAGGUAUCAUACAAAUACAAAUAAUUUUAAACGAAUUGAAUGAAUUCAAAUUAGUGGAUAUAAAUAUAAAUAAUGUGAACAUAGAACAAUUUAAGGAAUUCCAAAAUGAGUAUUUCUUAAAAUUUGAUUCAUUUCUGAAGGGAAAGCUGAAACAAAUAACAAACAUAAUAUGUAAGUACUGUCUCAAGGCCCUCAACGAUUUUUUGAGAAAAAACGGGAUAAGAGAAGAUAUGUCAAGGGGUAGCGGUCCCGUGGUUAGCGGUACUGUGAUAAACGGAAAUGAGAAUAGCGGUACUGUGAUAAACGAAAGUGAGAAUAGCGGUACUUCAAUAGGUGUAGAUGAAAGUAACGGAGGUCGUCUGCCCCCCAGAAGUGCGCUUAUGAAGGGCAUGGGGAGUAGGAGUGUCCAAAGAAAGACUCAAAUAAGUAGGCAGAAAAAUAUAUAUAAAAAAAAAAUGUAUAAAAAGAAGGAAGAUGAAACAAGUAUAGAUAUAUAUUAUAACAAAAUAGCCCUCAGCAACUGCUAUUGCAUAUAUAUAAAACGUUUUAUUCGCUUAUGUCAGUACAUGUGUGACAACACAUUGAAGGGAAUCAUCAUUAACACUUACGAGUACUUCCUCAAGCAGUUGAACAACUAUUUUGAAAUGGACGAUAGGGGGAGUAGUUCCGGCGAGAAGGGCAUCCACGUUAGUAGAAGUGAAAAACAAGUUAAUUCGAAUGGAAGUCAUAUUAGUCUGGUUGAUGGGAGCAAGAAUAAUAAGCACGAUGUGGAGGAAGCAAGAGGGGAAGGCUACACACUCAGCAAUAGUAAAAAAAGUAAUCAGUUGAAAGAAAGCAGAAAAGGGUAUACUGUAUUCAACGAAUAUAAAGAAUUAAAAAAAAACUUACAUCAAAGUGGUAAUACGACCAAAUCGCCAACGAAUAAAUAUGUACCUUACAAAUUAAUUAAAAAUGAAGAUAAAGAAAACAAUAGCAAGGGCGAAAAUAGAAGUAUUGGAAAUAGCAUCAACAUUUAUAGUAAGAGUAAUAGCAGUAGUAACAAAAUAAAUAACGAUAUAUGUCUUUUCAGUGUCGCUUUAACUAUAGAAGAGGAUAAAUUAAAAAUUUCUCCAGAAUAUGAUUUACUCAUAAAUACUAUUAUGUAUUACUUAAACAUGAGCUUAGAACAUAUAUGUAAAAGGGAGGAGUUCAUGCAGUACUACAAAGUAAAAGAGUUUUUCAAAAGGGAAAUAUUCGUCGACAAAGUCGUGUUUACUACCAGGGGGGGUAGGAAGCGGGCGGAGUCGAAGGAUGUUAGCGGAAAAGCUAUUAGCGCGGUGGAUGUGGUUGAUGCGGUGGAUGUGGUUGAUGCGGUGGAUGUGGUUGAUGCGGUGGAUGUGGUUGAUGCGGUGGAUGUGGUUGAUGCGGUGGAUGUGGUUGAUGCGGUUGACGUGGUUGAUGCAGUUGACGUGGACAAACAGAACAUGAACUUUUUUAACUUCAUACAUGCAGACGAAACAAUAUACAAUUUGGACGUCGAGCUGAAGGAUAAGAUGAGAAUUCUGUACGAUUCCAUGUACGAUGCAUGCAAAGAUUUCAGUAAUAUUAUAGCAUUACAUAACAAAUAUGAAAAAAUAGAGAUUGAAAAAAUAAACAUAAUGGACGUAACGUCCGUUUCACUUUUGUUCACAUCCUUUAAGGAGUUAGAAAACAAAAUAAAAAAAAUGAACAAACAAUUUAGCAUUCAUAUAUUUAAAGUAGACAACAGUAUAUUGAUAGAUUAUUUAUUAAAAAAUAUAAAUAAAAAAUGGAUGGAUUUAAUAAAUUAUUUACCUUCUUUAAAUAAUAAGACAAUAGAAGAAUUAGCACAAAAGUUAGAUACAUCCUAUACUAUUAUUAAUAAAAAACCAAGUACCAUUGAUGAAUUGGUUUCUUACAUCUACUUUGUUAAUAUUUUUGAAAAUGAAUUAAUACAAAUUGAGGAAAAUAUAGAAUCCAUUUCGUCUCUCUUUCUUCUUUUUAAGAAGUAUUAUAUAAGUAUUAAUGGGAAUCAAACUACGAAAAUUUUUCAUAUAAAUCAAAAAAUGAUAUCAUUAAAAAGUAUUUUACAUAGCGAAAAAAAUUAUGACUUACAGUUCAACGACUUAUAUAAAGACUUAUCAUCCGAAAUUAAUCAAAUUGAAAAGAAAAUAAAAAAUAUGCUUACCAUAGUCAGGUGUAACUUGAUUCCAAAUAGCGCUAACUACUCCCUGCCACAGAUGGUAGAAGCCCUCCGCUUUGUUACACCUGUUAGUGAUAUUAACCAGGUCUACUGCUCCAGAGGAGUUACAACUCCUACAGGAAAUGGAGAAGAGGCUAAAAAUCGGAUCAUUGGAAAGGACGUAGCACACGUUGAAGAAGUGGAAGAGGGGAAAAAAAAAGAAGCACAGUACAUUGGUGUUCAAGAAAAGGGAGGAAUCGUACUUCUCACUUCCUCUGAGAAGGAUGACUUCUAUGAGCAUUCUGACAACAACAUCCUGGAAAAAUACUUCCGCAUUAACGAGAGUAAUGAAAUAGUAAUACUGAACGAUGAAAUGAAAAAACGAUUUUACAUUUUUGAACUCUUAGAAUUUAUUAGGCUAAAAAUAGUGAGUAUAAAAAAAGAGGUAAAUAAAUACUUGUAUUAUCAAAACGUAUUGAAAAAAAAGAAAAACGAAUUUGUAAAUUUCAGUUUAUUGAAAAAUAUGUUUAUAAAUAAUAGUUUAACUAUAUAUACAUUCUUCAAAUACAUUUGCUGUAGUGAAAAAUAUAAAUUACAAAAAAUAAAAAAUUUAAAUAUAGAACUUCUGUCCACCGAAAUAGAUAAUAUUAACUUUUUUUUUAAAAAAAUUAACAAAAAUUUCGUAAACAAAGACUUUUAUGACAAAUGUAGUAGACUCUGCAAAAUGUAUGAUGGUGUUCUGAAAAUUUUGAAGCUUUUCGUCAUUGUGUGCAACAGUGAAAAGUACUUCAAGAGGACGAUUGACACUCUAAAUCUUUGCAGGAGAUUGGAUGAGCAGCAGCACGAGGGGAAACACGCCGAUAUGUACGAAGUAGGGGUGCACAUGGAUCACUCCAAAGGAGUAGAAGCUGAGUCAGCGGUUUCGUCAUCUGUUACAACAAGGGCCACGUCAGAGGUUAUAUCAGAAACUCUUCUAGCCUCUACUCCACCUGCUACUGCAGGUGCUUCCCCAGUCUCUAUUCCACCGUCUCCUAUCCUGUCGUACUUGUACGGGGAGAUAGAACUGAGGCAUCUAUUCGAACUGCAGUUUGAGGAUAGCUUGGCGCAAAUAGAAGCAAUAUGCUACGAGUACGAAAAGGAAAAGAAGAUAAAUGAAAAAUUUGAACAGAUAAAGAUAACGUUAAAAAAGUAUAAAAUAGAUGUAAGUCUGAUGAAUAAGAAAGUGUAUAUCAUCAAUAAUGUGAACGAACUUAUACCCGAUUUAAGAAGCCUUCUUUUUGAUUUGUUUAUAAUUCAAAAUAAUUUGUUCAGUAAGCAUAUUUACGAAGAUAUGUAUAAACUGUCUAAACAAAUUCGGGGCUUUACGAACAUUUUAGUAAUUAUUAAGAGUAUACAGUUAUGCCUAAAAAAUUUAGAGAGAUAUAAGAAUAACGAACUAAAGAAAAUUAUAAACAUCGAUCAGUUAAAUUUUAUUAUUAAUAAAUAUAAACACCAGUGUGAAGAAUUCUAUAUAUAUCCUCAUGUUACUAAACAUAUUGAGAAGGAAUAUGACUUCAACUAUUUUAAUGGUUUUUUGAUCGAGUUACAGGAUAUAAUAAAAGAGGUCGAAAAGAAUACAUUACUAAGGAGAAGAGAAUACUAUUCUUUUUAUCUCCUAAAUGAUGAAGAAUUCUUAAAUGUAUAUUUAAGUCUAACUGAUUUGAAAAGUUUGAACACAUAUGUACACAAACUCUUUCCUUAUGUAAAAAAAAUAAUUUAUCAAAAUGAAGCUAUAUGUGGGAUUCUAACUAAUGAUAAUGAAAGAAUCAUAUUUAAAGAAGAAAUAAAAUUUAAAAAGAUAGAAUUUCUGUUAAACCAAAUUAACAAUGAAAUUAAAUCCUGGCUAAUGCGAACAGUACAGAUAUACGUCAAUAGUAAAAAUUUCUUUACCCCUUUAAAGGAGGACACCUAUCUCUUUUUUAUGCCAAUACAAAAUAGACAAGUAUUAUUCAUUUUGCUAAGCAUAUAUUUUACGCACAUUCUGGAGUACGUUUUUCAGGAUGUGCAGAAAAAUAAAUUUGUCCUUUAUGCUCUCACUCAAAACAUAAGCAGCAUAGUUGAGGAGGUCCGCAGGACCAUGCACCCACCGAAGCAAGCCGAUGCUAAGAACAAAGCUACUAGGAAUGGAAGUAACGAUACUAACAACAGCAAUAGUAACAACAGCAAUAGUAACAACAGCAAUAGUAACAACAGCAAUAGUAACAACAGCAAUAGUAACAACAGCAAUAGUAACAACAGAAAUAGUAACAACAGAAAUAGUAACAACAGCAAUAGUAACAACAAUAUUAACAGUGACAGAGGUGAGGAGGAAAAAAAGAACAUAUCAUUUAUCCUGGCAUUCUUUAUGCACAUGAAAGAAAAGAUGGAAUCCAUACUGAGAACGCAGAAUAACAACUGUAGUGUGAGCGGUCAGAGCUAUAGUUACAGUUACAGCUACUUAGAACAAAUAAAGCACUACUAUACUAAAGACAACUAUUACAUAAGAUUUUUUCAUCAUAAUGUGAAAUACCGAUAUGAACUGAUAGGUAACUACAACUACUCAAUGGACUUGUUAUAUCACGAAAGAGAGUACACCUUUUUAUUUUACAAAUAUUUGCAAAAUAAUGUGAUUACUCUCUGUUCUAAUAAUAACAUUACGUACAUAAUGAAAUACUCAAAAAAUUUUUCUACGCUUCUAGGGUUUCACUAUGCCUUCAUUAAUCAAAUAAAUUUACUAAAUAGUGAAAUACUCAACUUUAUAUCAUGUAGUUUGUGUUCUAAUGUGUCUGUGUUCUUUCAUGAAAUAGAUGUUUAUAAACCGGACCUUUUAGCAUUAUUAAAUGAACAACUAGCAAACAUAAAUUAUCAUCUUAUGAAUAAGAAGAAUUCCAUAAUUAUAAAUAAUAACAACGAAAUUAAUUUAAACAAAAAGCAUCUUAUAUAUGUUUCACUCAGUAAAAUCUCUAUCCCUUUUUAUGAUUACUAUUCUGACCAGUCUUAUCAUAUGAGUGCGAAGAAGCUGCAGUUUUCUUUUUCGUUAUUGCAAUCCUUCAAGCCAUUUUCAUUGCCGCUAUUUCACCUUCUCUUCCUUUCCUUUGGAAGCAGCAGAGCGGUCUCCCUCUCCAAUGCAGUGCACAGGGCAUAUCACUACUUGAGGCAGCACGACGCGCUCAGGAAACACAUGAGUAUACAGAAGCUCAUCAAAGUUGUGAAGACUUGCAUGAUCAAAUGCAAGUCGAAUGAAGAAUAUGCCAUUGUGAAAGAGAUAACAAAAUUCUGUUCGCAUUUUGUGGGAAUGCAUAAACUAAAGGAGGUGGUAAAAAAUACUUGUUUAUUAUUUAACAUGUCAAGGGAGGGAUGUGAGAAGAUGCUUAAAUAUGCACAGAAAAAGGUACAUCAAGGGGAGGAAGAGGAAGAAGAGGAGGAACAGAAAGAAGAGACAGAAGAGGGGAAACAUAAGGGGAAAAAGGAACGGGAAUCAUAUAUCUGGUCUGACACAAACUUCCAUUCCCCAACACGUACUACUAAAUACUGGAAAAAAGAAAUAAAUAACGUUAUAGAAGCUUUAAAAAAAGAAAAGAAAAUGAACUUUUUGAAAUACCAAAUAGAUAAAGCUAUCGAAAUGUAUGAAAUAAUAAAUAUAAAAAAUGAAAAGGAAAAAAGUAUAGAGUGGGAUAAAAGGAAAGGAAAUAAAAUUACAAACAUUUUAAUUGUUGGAAAAAAUUUUUCAGGGAUAAGUAUUAUUGUUUUUCUUCUAUAUCAUUUUUUAAAAUAUUUGGAAGAGAUCAAGAAUUCUCCAUAUAAUUUGUGCGUCUUUCAAAAAAUUAACUUGAACUACUGCCAGAAGAAGGACGUUCUACGGUUUCUUCUUCACAAUGAAGAUAUGCCUAUUUUAGGCCAUACAAAUGAAUCCAAAGGGAUAGCAGAAAUGAGAAAAAAGGUAUUAAAAGUAAAUGACGAAUUAAAGAAUGCCGCGGGAAAUGGAAUUAUACGACCAAUAACGCAAUCGGCUAAGAACUUGUCAUAUGGCCAGGUCAACCAUCAGACGGAGGGAGAACAAGUAGCAGAGCAGCCCCUUGAACAUCCCCUUGAGCAGUCCCUCGAACAAGGGCGAGAAAUGAAGGAAAUUCUGCCCCCUCAUGGAAGGGAAUAUGCCGCGAAUUGUGAGAGUAGGCCAGGUAAGUCGAGGCUAAACCUAAAAGGGAAUAAUGAGCUGCACCAUGGGCAUAAAAGUAAAAUAGUACUAAAACUUAUAAGCGUACUAGAGACAGAACUAAUAGAAAAGAUAUGUAAUUAUACAUUAAAGAAAAACAUGUACAGCGAAAUAAAUAAGGAAAAUAAUGAUAACAAUCACAAAUGCUUUAUAUAUAAACCCGAAAAUUUAAGUAAAAUUUCUCCAUACAUUUUUGACAAAGUUUAUUAUAUUAAUGUCAAGCAUACUGUUCCUUAUAUUUCCUUCAUUACUUACUCAGUGGAACAGAUAAAAACAUAUAAAUUUGCAAAAAAGAAAAUCAUAAAAUUAUUUGAAGACUUGAUUAUGGAAACUCUAAAUUUUUUUAAGAAGCAAAGAAAGAAUACUACUCAGAUGGUGCGCAGAAGGAAGAGAGAUCAUGGGAGGGUUGGAACAAAUGAGGGCAACAUAGAACAGAAAGUAGAUGGCGAAGAUUAUGCAACUGAGAAUAGUCAGUCGAAUGGUAGUCAGCAUGCGAAGAAAGGAGGACGUGAAUUGUUUUACGCCGACGAAUGUGGAGAAGGACUUACAGACAGAUUUAUGGAAGAGGGUAAAGAAGAUGGUGGAGAUGAACAAACAGAUGAGAUCGCAAAGGGCAAUAGUUCGAAAAAGGGAAAAAAAAGGUCAGCCUGGACAAAGGGGAAAGAACAUGAGCAUGAUGGUGGUGAUAGUGAUGUAAGCUUUGGAAGUAGUGAGAGCGAUCCCCUCCGAGAUGACGACUCGGAAGACGGUGGAACUGAUGCAGAUGCGGAAGAGGAAGGAGUCAUUGAGGUAUUGCAAGACAACGAAGUGCGCAUAAGUAUUCACGUAAAUACUCUGAUACACCAUUUUGUCAAAUUCAUUGAAUACUUUAUAAAUAUAUUGAAGGAAAAAAAAGGAUCGGAUAAGAAAAUAAUAGAUAACCACUUGAAUAACAUCAUAACUAUUUGUUUUAUAUAUACGUUUACAUCUUUUAUGCAAAACGAUCUAAGAACAAAUUUUGAAAAUUAUAUAUUUAAAUACAUAAAUAAUAUAUCUAUAAUACCACGAAAUACAUCAUUUGUACAUAUAUACUACAAUAUGGAAACAAAUAAAAUUUUAAAACAAGAAAAGUUUUUCAGAAGUGAAAAUAUAUUAAUAGAUAAAAGUAAACUAAUGCAUAAUGUGCUAAUAACUAAUUCUAAUUAUUUCCUUUUUGAAAAUAUGAACAUUCUAUCAGUGGUCAACUUUUUAAAUAUAUCAUUUAAUUUGAAUAUACCUUUUAUGCUUAUGGGUACUUCCAACUCAGCCAAGUCUUUGUGUAUAUACAAUUACUUAAAUGCAUAUACUAAAAAAAAAAAUUAUAUCUUCAAUUUUUCUUUCCGAUUCAAUUAUCUUUUUCAUUAUGAUCAAAUAAUUAAAAAAUUGAACAAAUCGUUCUAUUUUUCGAAAGAUGAAAUUACUCAUGAUGUUACUAUCUUCAUAGACGACAUUUCUUCAUUGACAACAGAACGGUCUCAGAAGACUAUGGAGUUCCUCUACAAUCUCAUAAGGCACAAUGCCUUUUUCGACGUUGAAAGAAAUAGGAGAGUAAUGUUUUCUAAGAACAGAAUUGUGUGUACCUUAAACAACAAGCACAGUGCGAUUGCUGAAAGUAAUCACAGCACUUUUAAAAAAAUAUACAAAAACUUUUUUAUUCUUAAUGUGUCUACACUAACAAUGAAGGACAUACACUCCAUCUAUUCAAAUAUAAUAGAGUCCCUAUUCCUUAAAUAUAAUUUUUGUGAAGAAGUAAUAAACGAGUGCAAUAGUUUUAUAACGUGCAUUAUGAAUAUAUUUGAGGGAAUAGUAAAGACAAAGGAGAAGAGUAAAUACUAUCUCCAUAUCAACAAGAUUAACAAUAUAAUAAAUUAUUUAUUGCUAUAUGAUAAGGAGUGCACUAACAGUAUUAAUGAUAUAUUGAUUUUUUUUAAAAAGGAUCUGUUCCGCAUAUUCUGUAAUGACGUUAUUAAUUAUAAAGAUAGAAUAAAGUACGAGGAAAUAAUAAAAACAAAUAUUGAUAAGCACUUUAGAAAAUACAUGAUUUAUGAUGAUAACGAUUUGUUUCUAAACAUGAAUAGUAAUAAUGUUGUGUCCUUUGAAAAGAAGACGAACCUAUGUGAUGAUGCUAGCAACAGGUUAAGUAUUUGCGAUUUGAAUAUAUUUUUUGAAAGGAAAAACAUUGAAAUAUUCUAUAACGAUUUAAUACAAAUAAUUAUUUUAAUAAAUUCGUACCUAAUCAUAAGAAGAACUAAUAUUAUUUUUCUUAAUCAUCAGAAGGUGUUAUUGUCAAAAAUAAUUGACAUCUACUGUCAUUAUAAAACAUACACUUCUAUUUUUUUGAGUGAACAUUUGGAUACUACGAAGAGUCAGAUACGGGAGGCAUACAACCGUACCAUAUGUUUGUUAAGCGCUAAUAGAGGCAGUGAUCAUAGUAAGUGGGAGCACCGAAAGGAAACUCCCCUAGUAUGCAAAAAUGUUUUUCUCUCUCAUAUGUUAAGCACUGAUGAGUAUAUGGGCUUCUUCGACCAAGUUCUUUACAACUGUGAUUUGGAUGGACUAUAUGACAAUUUUGUUAACGAUUUUUAUCUAGAAAUAAUAAAUAUUAUAAAGCAUAAGGAGUUGAUCAUAGAAGGAAAUUUCAACAAUUAUAUAUUUUCUUUACUACAAGACAAGAAUCAUUUUUUAUUUUUUUCGGAUGACUUUCAUUCUUUAUAUAAUAAUUAUCACCAAAAGUUCAGCUACUUAUUUAAAAGUUGUUAUAUAGCAUAUUUAAAUUUAUACAAAUUUGAACAGAGUGAUAUAUUUUCAUUUAACAUUUCUAUUCCUCUUUAUAAUUAUGUGCGCAAUAGACUAACUUAUUCUUUUCUCUCUAUUCCUUUACAUAAAGAAGAGGUAAACAAAAAAAACAAAAAAAAGAAAACAAAAAGCCUUUCUUCAUCUGUGUGUAGGAACAAACGGGAAUUCCUAUUUAUUUGUAACCUUGUACAUAACUUAAAUAAUAUUGUCCUAAAGAAAAAGAGAAAGAAAACAUGUACAGAUGAAGCUUAUCCUAACGAAGAAACAGAUAAAACAAAAGGAAAAGUAUACAGUGGUGAAUGUAUCUCAGCAUUAGCUAAGCAUGCAUAUGACAUGUACCACAUGUUUGUGGAAGAAGAACUGAAUAAGUUUCUAUAUAUCAAAAAAGAUGAGUGCAAAAAGUUGUUAGCAAAAUUAUUUAACCUGAACAAGACAGGAAAAAAAGAAGUCAGUGACUUGAAAAAGGCAAAUAUUCAACUGAAGAGAUUAACAAAUUGCGUAAAACGUCAGUUAAUAGAAUAUAAAAUAAAUAUACUUAAGGCAAAAAAUAAUUUAAAAAAUAUCACAAAAGAAGAUUUUGAAUACUUUAAAUUUAGUAAUAAAGACAACUACAUAGGAUUUCUUAAAAUUUUAUAUUUAUAUAUAAACAAAAAGAACGAUAAGCAUUUCAUAAAAAAUACAUUCACAUAUAGCUACUUUUUAAAAAAAGUCCAAAAUAUUAACGAAGCUGCUGUUAAUAAAAACCUUGUAUUAAAAUACGAGAACAUGGCAAACGUGUACAAAUUUCUAAAGUACAAGUUUAUUCGCAUAAUACACAACUUCAUAACUGCUAUUAAUGAUUAUGCUAAAAAGAAACAAACACUAAAUGAUCAAUUACAGAAGAUAAAAGAACUAAAAACAGGAAUUGUUUCUCUAAAAGAAAAAAUAAAAGCUAUGCGCACAAGCGCUUUGCCCUCCGACGUCCUCGCCAUGUUUGCGGAGGAGCUACUCUCAAUCCGCGAAGAUGUCAAAGAAGAGAUAAAGAGGAAAAAAAAAAUUCUUCUCUUUAAGUCUAUUCUGUUCUGUUACUGUUCUUCUUUUGAUCGCAAGGAACGAGUCAAAUUUUUAAAAUUAUUAAUUUUGGAAAAAUAUAAAUAUAAAAACUGGUGUGAUGUUGAGGGGAAAAGAGUUGGUCAAACGGCAUACAGUUCCGUUGAAGGAAGCAUAGAGGGAAGUACAUCCCGCAAAUCGGAAGAACAUGACAAACCAGACGAACAUGACAAACCAGACGAACAUGACAAACCGGACGAACAUGACAAACCGGACGAACAUGACAAAUCGGAUGAAUAUGACAAAUCGGAUGAAUAUGACAAAUCGGAUGAAUAUGACGAAUAUGACGAGUAUGACGAGUAUGACGAAUAUGACGAGUAUGACGACUACGACGAAUAUGACUUGUCGGACCAAUCGCAUAGUGCGCAAGAUGCUGCCAAGGAGGAUCUCAAGCGCGCACUAAAUUUUGAAGGCUUCCUUAACACAUCCUUUGUAAAGGAGUACGAGCAACUUAAACUCUGCAAUGAUAGCAUGGUCAUGUUUAAUUGUCAUAUACUAGACACUACAAAUGACAAAAUAAUUAUAUGUGUCGAUCCGUUUUAUCAAUUGAAAAAAUAUUUUUUCAAAAAAGUAAAGCAAGAGAAGAAAAACUAUGUCUAUGUUAAAAAUGGAAUGAUGUGUAGCAUGUACCCUUCUUGCUAUAGCAACUUAACACAUAAUACUAAGAAUACCACACAGGAAAAUGAAGAUAAUAAUAUUAAUGAGGAAGACUUAACAUCAACAUUUUUGAAUAACCUAAAAUACUACGCAGAUAAUAAUUACUACUUUAUCUUUAAAGGAAUAGAUGAGAAGACUUAUAGUAUAUUAAAUGAAAGUUAUGUCCACUGCUGUAAGAGUGCUAUAUAUAUUUUUAUAAGCAGCUAUAAACAGAUUAACUUUGACAAUAUACCACAUAACUAUCAUGUGCUCUUUUGUGAAUAUAAAAGAAAGAAUAUUCUUAAUUUAUUCUUCUAUUACUAUACUAAAGUGAAAAAAAUAAAUAUGGAUUGUUCCUUUCCUGUUCUUGAGAAAGAAAUAUACGAGCAAAAGGUCAUGAACACAGCAAAUGCCCUUUUGAAUAAAAAGCUGAACGAACAAGAAGCGAAAGAAGAACUAAUUAAGCAAAAAGAGAGAUAUAUGGAAAGGAAAAAAAAUGAAGAGGCAUUGAGAAACUGGAACGGGUCAAGCAAGAAGAAUAAAUUUAUCUUAUUAUAUGUAUUCUUCUUACUAACUCAAACGAUAAAAAUAUUUAAAAAAAAUUAUACUAUCCCUAAGUGGCAUUACUUAAAAAUUGUUAAGUCAUUUUUUUAUCAAUUUUGUAUGGAAAAGGAGAAUAAUGAAAAGGAUAUUUUGAAUUUUUUUUACUUUCAUAUCAUAUCAUUUAUUGACAGCAAACAUAUAUUAGUUUUAAAUUUUGUCCUGAGUAUAUAUUUGGAUGUAUUUUUCUACAAAUGCAUAAAAUGGAAGGACAUAUUUUUAUUUUUUAGAAAUUACAAUAAGCAUAGUGAGAGAAGAGUGAUUCAAGAUAUUGUCCAUAAUAAAGAAAAAGUAGAAGCACAAACAAGGUUACAAAAGGAAGGGCAUAUUAAACAUGACAGUGUAUAUGCGGAAAAAAAAAAUUUGAUCUCAAUUAAGGGAAGUUAUAGUCCUUAUGGAAAAAAAGCAUAUGAUCCCUGUUCAGAAAAAAAUUCAAAUCAGUUUUCUCCUUUUCAACACCAAAAGUGUACCUCUCACGAGAAGAGGCUCGAAGGGGGAAAAACCAUUUUGCAAGGGAAUAAUUAUGAGACUAAAACGCAGGAGUACUGUUGUGGUGAAUUAAGUGAAUGUGGUAAGUUGUUAAGUGAAUACGAUGAGUUCAAUGAAAUAUAUGAUAGUUUUUCUACCCUAACGAAUGACAGUACUUGUGAUGAGCACUUUGGAUUAAUGGUUUAUGAACUAGACAGAGAAGAGGAGAGCUCCCAGUUUGAGAAGGGAAAGAACGGAAGAAGCGGAGGUACAAUCAGAGGUAGAAGCAACAAUAACACAAGUAGUAAUGGUAAUAUUAGAAGCAACGAUAGUUUUAGUAGUAACGAUAGAAUUAAUAGUAACGAUAGAAUUAAUAGUAACGAUAGAAUUAAUAGUAACGAUAGAAUUAAUAGUAAUCGUAUUUGUAGCAGUGGUAAUGACGGUAAUGACAAUGACAAUAAUAGUUGUGGCAGGGGGACUUACCUGAGGGAGGGGAACACAAGGAUGGGAACCCAAGAUGCAAUACUACAUAGUAAGCAAGAACACAGAAUAAAAGAACUGAUACUGAACCUAGAAGAAUCAGAUAAAUUACUUUAUAUAAAGAAAAGAAAAUUAAAAAAAUUAUUCUAUGAAGAGUCAUCAGAAGGUAGCGAUGAGUCUGACCUGUUAUCAUGUAAAUAUUCUGAUAGCAUUGAAGAUGAUGAAAUAGAAAAAUUACAAAAAGGAGCACAGAGAGAAAAGAAAGAAUCCAUAAUGUACUACUUAGACAAAUUAAUUGAAUUAAAAAAUUGCAAAAAAAAAAUUUUUAAAAAGCUGUUACAAAAUAUAAAGGAAAAUCAAAUGCAAUGGAAUGCUUAUAUAAUAAAAGAGAAAGAUGAAUUCUGUGAAAUUAAUAGUAAAAAUGACAUUCCCCUAAAAGAGUUAAGGAACCCUUCAAUGUAUUUUUACAAAAUAGUAGUAGACAAAAUUGUAAGAAGAAAUUAUCUACACAUUUCUAUUAUAAAUUACGUAUCUUUAAAGUUAGGAAGCAGUAUAUGCAUCAGUAAGAACAACAUAUACUGCAAUUUGUAUAAUUUUAUAAAUGCAAACAUUAAUGGUGCCAUCUACAAAGUGGGAGAAGCGCCAGGUGUGUUUCACCCAGUCCCACAGUUAUACGGAGAAAAACUGAUAGAAAAUUUGGCAGAAAAGAGCGUGGAUAUUUUGGUAGAAGAGAGCACAGAAAAUUUAGUGGAAAUUUCCCCGUAUAAAAAUUGUCUUCCUGUACUUGACCAAAUUAAUAAUUACAGCUACUUUAAUACCAUUUUAAAAGAAAAAAGUAAAAUAAUUAUCCUUUUAGAAAAGAAUCAGUACAGUUUUAUACUGUCAAAAGUACUGCUCAGUAACAACAAUGUCCUUUUUCUCGACAUAAAAAACAUGAACACUGUUCAGGCAAAAUUAACUGAUAUAAUCGUAUUAGAUAUUAAAAAUGAAGAAGAAAGUAAUAAAUUAGAAAAUUUCAUAAAAAAUAAUAUAUAUAAAAUAUUUGUAGUAUUCUACUUCAAUAUUAAUGUAAUGACUCCUUAUCUGAUAAGAAACUCUGUUAGGGUUAAUAUGGACUUCAGCUUACACUCACGUGACUACUUGACCUUUUUGUACUAUGCUAUUGAUUCGUUUGGAUGGGGGCAGCAAGGCGACAAGAGCAAAUGUGAUAAGGUUGGUCGCACACAUAAACAUACGCCUGAUGUGCAUAGAAGAAGCAGCAGCAACAAUGACGACAGCAGCUGCAUUAACAGCUGCGGAAACAAUCAUAGUGAUGAUGAUCGAGGUGAUAGUGAAACCCACUCGAGGUGCAUCUUCUUCUCUCUUCUUUUUUUCGUCCUCAUAAAUGAACAAAUGCACUUAGAUAAUGUGAGUUUAGAAUUUGAUCUGAUUAACGACAUGACUUACUUAGUUGAAACGUUCUACAACACAUGCGAUGUGUUGAAUGGGAAAGACGCACACAGGGGUGAAGUAGAAGGUGAGGUUGUUAGCGACAAUCCAAAGGGGCAUAUAACGGGGCAUACAAUGGAACAGACUACGGAUAGGACUACGGAGCAUACCACCGAGAGGGCUAAAAAGGAAACAAAGGAGCAAAAAAUGGAAGAACGAUACAACGACUUCUUUCUUAGCUAUCUGUCAACGUUCUUGGAACUGAUCUUUCCCUCCAAAUGGGUGUUAACUAAGAAUAUGUUUUUCUUAUUUUUAAGUAAUUUCUUUUCAAACAAGAUAAAUAAAAAUGCCAUAUCAAAUAUGAAUAAUAUAUUAAAAAUACCUAGCAAUAUCUCGACAAUAAAACAGCUAGCUGAAUAUAUACAAGAAAAUUUUCAUUUAAUGCUUAAAAUGUUACAACAGAACAAAGUCGCUCAUAUAUAUCAAAUGGGUUAUAACAUAAAAUUAAUGCACCAUGUGUUUCUUUCGAAAUAUUCAAUUGUUAAUGGAUAUGAAAAAUUAAGUAUACUCAAGUUAAUUUUGCUCUCCUUCGAUGACUUCGCUUCCUGUUCUUUUAUAAAACCCGCUGUUAAUGCUACAUCCAAAUUAAAGUAUUUAACGGAGGAGUACAAUACAUUGGUGUGUUGUGUUAACGAAAUGAAGAGGGACACUCAAUAUUUUAUAAAACUCGUACAAUCCGAUAAGGCUCUGAGUAAUUUUUAUUCAAACAUGGAAAAUGAUCUACUGUCCUAUAAAGUACCAAGAAAAUGGGAAUAUCUAGCAAAUGGCGAAAAAAAUUUGACCCUAUUUUUUGCAAAUAUAAAAGAAAAAUUAAUCUAUUUGAAAGACAUUAUAAACAAAGAACAGAAGGGAAAAAAAAAUAUUUACAAUAUUUCCAUGUUUAGAAAUCCUUUGUUAUUUUUUUACUCCCUUUAUUUUACAUAUGCAACUAACAUGAACGUUCGUGUUAACAAUUUAAAUAUUUCCUUCAAGUACUCGGAAAAAUUUAAAGAAAAUGAAGAAGGCACAUGGAUAGAACCUAUAAAAAUAUACAAAAGCAAAUACGUGAAAAGCUCUCGUAAUUUUGCGCAUAAAAGAAUUCAUAAAAAGAACAACAUAUAUUUUAAUGUAUGUAAUGAAGAAAAUAAAAAAGACGAAAAUAUGGAAGUUCUUUACGAAGGAACUAGCGAAAAUGACGAUGUACCAAGUGAUCACGCACAAAAUGACUGUACAAAAGAGAACAAAGAAGGUGAUAACAAGAACAGCGGAAACAACAACAACAACAACAUCAACAACGAUAGUGGUAACCACAACGAAAGCAAAGGAAUGUAUUGCUCGAAUAACUACAAAGAGCAUAUGAGGGAAAGAGAAGAGAGCUUUUACUAUGACUCUCCAUAUAUAGUGAUAAAAAUAAAGAAAAACAAAAAAAAUAGGAUAUGUGAAAAUAAUGAACAUUUGGAAAAUGCAAAACUGGACCAUUAUGAUGAAAAUAGUAAAAAUGUCAUGAAUGAGUCAACUGAACAACCAAAAAAUUUAGAUUCCUUCUAUGAUAUCUUUACAAAUUUGGACCAAAUUGAUAACAACGAUUUUGCUUACUACUGCCCUGUUAUGCGUUUUAAUCCGUCCACGAAAAAAAAUGACAAAUUGUUAUUCUUCUUUCCCUUACCUUGCAUAUACAACAAAAUGAUUUACAAAAAGUUUAAAGUCCAUAUGUUACUAUAA